GCCGAAAUUGCGAAUUAUAUUUUUAUUUCGAUUGAUAGUUUUGUCUGGAGUUACACGUAACGCAUUUCUUCUUGAUGACGUCAUAGGAUGAUGACGUCAUAGGACGAUGCCGUCAUUGAUCGAACUUUGAUAGCUUUGGCACAUCCUAUUAAUUACGCGCCACGUCAUAAUGUGAUCUAUAUAUAGAAUGUCAGAUGGUUAUCACGUGAUGAUUCGUCAUAAUGACGGGGUCAUGUGUCAUAGAAAUAAGAUAAUAAUGAUUGAUCGUGGUGGGAUUUGAACCGGGGAUGUUAUGCAGAGACAGUAGAUCGUUAUUGCAUGUCGGAUGGUACAUGGCAUACCUCCCUCAAUGAACCAAACCGAACAUGGAACGAUUACAGUCGUUGUCCGAACAACUUGGCCGAACCCGGGACUUUGUUCGAUAUGAUACUUGCUGGAGGCAGUGCCAUGCGUUACGUCAUUGCUCACGUGACGGUAGAUGGGCGAUGGUGCGUGACACGAAUCGAACGUUCAGCGAUUACGGCAGUUGUAAUAUACCAAGGGAAGAGGACGUUGUGGAAAUGAUAAGGAGGGGUGGUGAUGCGAAAAUGAAAAGUUUUAUCCAGUUGUACACGGUCGGUUAUUCUUUUUCGUUGGUUGCUCUCGUCUUCGCGAUGAUAAUUCUCGCUUAUUUCAAGCGAUUACAUUGUACACGCAACUACAUUCACAUGCAUCUAUUCGCUUCUUUUAUAUUGAGAGCCGUCGUCAUCUUUGUUAAAGAUCGAGUUCUUUAUUACGGAGCUGGGAUUCUUGAUAUAAACACCCCGGAUGGGGAAAUGACACUAGAGGCGCUAAAGAAUCGCGUGGAUGAAAUAGACGCUGACAGAAGCUCUUAUUUGGUUGGAUGUAAGCUGGUGAUGACGUUGUUUCAUUAUUUCGUUGCAACAAAUUAUUACUGGAUUCUCGUGGAAGCUUUGUAUCUUCAUAGUUUGAUUUUCGUCGCGUUUUUUUCCGACAAGAAAUAUUUGUGGAGGUUUAGUGUAACGGGUUGGGGUGUCCCUAUACUAUUCGUCGUUCCAUGGGCGAUUGUUCGCGCCAAGUUAGAUGACACAGCAUGUUGGGACAUCGCAGUGACGGAGUACAAAUGGAUUUACAAUGGUCCUAUUGUGGUCGCUAAUGUGAUAAACUUCUUACUUUUCCUCAACAUUAUUCGAGUGCUUUGGUACAAGAUGCGGGAACGCGGACCUAUCGGAAAAACUGACAAUCGAAGACAAUACAAGAAACUCGCGAAAUCUACGUUGGUGUUGAUCCCGAUGUUUGGAGUUCAUGCGAUCGUCUUCAUCGGGAUGCCUGAUGAUAUUUCAUCUGGAACUUGGUGGGACAUUCGAAUGUCGUUCGAUCUUUUCUUCAAUUCUUUUCAAGGAUUCUUCGUCGCGAUUAUCUAUUGUUUCUGCAACGGAGAGGUACAAGCGGAGUUCAGGAAAGCUUGGGAAAGAUUUAAUUUGAGCGUCGAAAUAAAACGCGGUCGACGCGAAAGAAGUCGUUCUUCCGUCACAAUGCUGACAAGUUUCAACAGCUCGGCGUCGCAACAAGCUCGCCUUUCUAUUGGUGGACAGAGUAAUGGGCGUGGCAACCUACGUAACAAUGCCCUUUCUACCCACGUGGUUAGCGAAACCAAAUCGUUGACCAAUCAGAAGCCAGAAUGUUCGAACACCAAUGACGUAACAAGUUGUCAAGUUUAUGACGAAACAAUGAUUCAAGAAACGUCACUGACGACGCGACAUCCAAACAAUGAACACGUGGUAACGGUUGAGGGAAAUCCACAUUUUAGAGAAGAUGGUGACGUCACAAUACCUGAGGGAGAAUUCGAAAACGCGAUCGAACGUCACUUCCUGCAGCAGAUCACGUGUCCUGCUGAUAGUUUUCCGCAGGAUGUCACUGGUAAUGACGUAGCGGUGACGUCACCACCACGUGACGAAGAUUCCGGAAUUUCUUCAGAUUUUCAGAAAAUGGAAACCUGUGAUGUCACAGUACGUCACGAUGACGUCACUGCCGAUGACGAAACAGCUUUGUUUAUUACGAAAGCUGAUGUCACAAAGCAAGAUACAAUGUAAUUAUGACAUCAUCAACCCCUGCUCAUUAAAGUUAUUACAUCAUAAUUGUUACUGACAUCAUCAUAGUUCCGUCAGUUUCAUAGAAAUAAUAUAUGUUGCAAAAUAA